AUGAAAAUGAUCUUUGAAACUCAUUCUUUCAGAUAAAUUGUCUGUGAACUGCUUGAUAAUUGCUAUGAAGUGCUAAAAGCCUUCUUGGAAUAGGCUAUUCAGAAUGAUGAAGCUUUCGAGGAGAGCAAGACUUAGAUUAAUAGAGAUUUGAAUAAUGCAAUAAAGGUGUUUAUAGAAAUUAUGGUGAUUUAAAGAGUAAACUAAUAGCAAUUCAAAAUAUUUGAAGAAUCUUUUAUUCGAGGUGAUGCAUUUCAGGAAUAAUUGGGCUCCUUGCAAGGUUUUUUUCUAUUAAAGAAGUUCAUAGGUUUUUAUUUAAAUAGUAUAUUUAGAAUAGCUGAUAGUAUUUGUUGA